AGUAAAUUAAGUGAUUCGGGCUUGUGGUACAUCGGGUACCUAUUGAAAACCGACGGUGAAUUUUCACGUAAAAUUAAGCACCGCAUGCUUCCCGCUCGACGUUUACUUUAAACUCCAAGUUGCACGUGCAAGAGCGAGCUCACAAAAGGAUUAAGCACAAUAUAAAUAUCGUCGUGCGUCCAUUUCCGAUUUACAUAUAUCAAAAUUUAUAUAUAAAAUGAAAUUGUGUUCAUUGCAACAGCUGGUUUUGGCUGUAUUGUUUAUAGUUUCUAAUUUUUGUUCGCCAGUAGCUGUCGCAUCUCCAAUUGGCUGGGACUUUGCCGUUACGCUGCACGACAAGCUUCUGUUUCUCGAUAACAAAUUCAAAACAAUCUCCUCUGCAGCCCACGAAUUUGAGGGGAUAUCAGCGUUGGCUUUUGAUGAGGCUGAGGAAGUGAUCUAUUUUAAUGAUCAACAGCAUCAGAAUGGCAGCAUAUUUUCGUUGCGACGCGAUGCUACGGUUGCGCCGCACAUUGUGGAGCAGGCAGUGCAACGCAUAGGCAACGGUUCCGUAUCCGGAUUAGCUUUCGAUCCGCUAAACCGGAAUUUGUUUUGGGCGGACAUGCGACAGAGUCGGAUUUACUUUGCCAGCGUCGAUACAUUACACACGGAACCGCCCAAGGUGCUGGUAGAUCUGAGCGCCGAAGGUGGGCGACCAGAUGGCGUGGCUGUGGAUAUAUGUCGCCGCCAGCUAUACUGGACGAACUCGAAGAUCAAUCAUGCUUCCGUAGAACGUAUUGGAUUGAAUGGCACGGGCAGACAAGCGAUUAUCAAGGAGGAUAUCGAUAUGCCACGUGGCAUUGUGAUCGAUCAACAAUCGGAUCGCAUCUUCUGGAUCGAUGACAAGGUGGGCAUAUUCUUUGCAAUAGAAAGUGCUCGACUAGAUGGCAGCGAUCGCCAAGUGGUGCUCAAAGACAAGCAUCAGAGUCCCAUACAACUGGCCAUCACAGAUGAAACAAUCUAUUGGACCGACAAGGCGGACAAAGCGGUCUGGAGCUACCCCAAGCCUGAUAAUAAAAAGCUUGCACCGAAUGCUACGGAGCCGAUAGUGGAGCCAAUAAAGCUAGCCAGCUGGAAGGAGGAUGUCUAUGGCAUAGUCGCACGCACAGGCUUCUAUCAACACCUUCAAAAGGAUGCCCAUUGCGCUAGCGUAGUGAAAAAGGUCAAACAGCGUCUGGACAACAGGCUUAACAAUAGAACGCAAUCAGGAACCAUUGUCGACGAUCGCAUAGAGGAGUUGGAGCGAGAACAUUGCUUGAACGGUGCCACCUAUAUGACCAAGGGAAACUUCUGCAUCUGCCAGGUGGGCUUCAAGGGUGCACGUUGUGAAAUAUCUGAAUGUCAUAAUUAUUGUGUGCAUGGCACCUGUGAAAUCUCUAGCAUGGGUUAUCCCAAAUGCUAUUGCCAAACGGAUUUCUAUGGCGAACGUUGUGAAUAUUACAAAUGCAAUAACCAUUGUCUGAACGGUGGCCAUUGCACCGUGGAUAGGGAUAGUGGGGAAAUGAGCUGCGAUUGCCGGGACAAUUUUACGGGCACACGAUGCGAGCACAACGAAACGGCCCACUGUGGAAGUUAUUGUCAGCAUUUGAAAGAACAUCCGGAGGCAUUUGUGCCAUCGCCCUGUGUGGACAUCUGUGAGGAGUUGCGUUUGACCAAUGCCACAAUUGUCACAGAAUACCAAUCAUCAGCUUUCUGCAGCGAUAUGCCCAGCUACAGACAAGGCUCAUUGAUAAUUGUACUUGUUGUUGGCGUUGUCUCCAGUCUCGCUCUGGUGGCCGUCAUUGUGCACGGUUUCCGUCUCAUCCACAAGCCUAAACGCCCACGCAUUAAGAAAACCUUUGUGGUGCGCAAACAGGCCCGUUUGAAUUCCACUAGCGAUACACCUUUAACCAAUCGGCCACUAGCCACAGAGCAAUGCGAGAUUACGAUAGAAAACUGUUGUAAUAUGAAUAUUUGUGAAACGCCUUGUUUUGAUCCUAAACUUGUGGAGCAACAGUUCUCAGGACGCGAUAAAAAGUCGCCUUGCGUUAAAGAGGAUAAAAAAAUACUGAUACACAACAUGGAAGAUGAUCUACUGAACUAGAUAAACAUCUCUAACAAUAACGUAUAACGUCGUGCAUGAAAUGAACGGUAGGACGGACGAGCGGUAUUCGAGCUUGUAAAGCUGCUGUCGCCGCCGCCUCGAACAGAUUAAAUACCCGGAUCGUCGACGUCUUUGCUCAACCAAAGCUUCUACAAAGACCUAGAAAAAAAAAUUAAUACUUAAUUUUGAGUAUGGAAAACGUGUACUUAGAAAACUUUUACAAUUAGUCUGGUCUCAUUAAUUUAAUUUUGUGCAAACCAUGUUUUUAGACUCGGCUAAGAACUACAGCAAUUGUCACUAGAACUACAACAAUUGUCAAUCAUAUAGUUUUUAAUGUUUUUUUUUUUCUAUUAGUCAUGAGAUGGGUUGAAGGAAAUUUUUUAUUUGAAGACAUUCGACAAUGAAAAGAUGAUUUGAAAUGAAACUGAUAUGAAAUGAUAAGUCCUACGACUGACACUAGCUUUAAAUUAAUUACACACAAACACAAAUAUACACAUCCAUACAUGCAUAAACAUACAUUAUGUGCAUAUUGUACAGAUAAAAGCGGCUGAUUUCAUAUACAUACAUAUAAUUUCCAAUCGCACAAAAAGGCAUGAUGUGAUUCAUUGAACGGUUAAACUGUUUGUAAAUAAUAAUAUUAAUUCCAAUAAUAGUAAAUGAAUUUGAAUUUGUAUCUUUUCGGAAAUAGUUCCUUCUGAUUUAACAUUGUAUACACAUAUAUGCAUCUUUUUUUGUUUUGUUUUUGUAUUUUUAAUAUGUCAUGAGAUAUGCAACUGCCACUUACAUAAACACGGGCAUACAUACACACAUACAACACAACAGAUUGCUCGCACCAAGAUUGCCUUCGUACUUAAAUUAGUGUUUUAUUUAAAACAAAGAAGAAUAAAAUACCAAAAAAAAAA